AUGGAGAAUGAAAAUUCAAAUUUAGAAGUUCAAACGCCAACGAGAGUUGGACCACCAUCGGAUCCAGUAUUAUUGGGAGAACAAGCCGAUAAUGUUACUUUUCAAAAUGCGAUUGAGGUAAAUUUGAAAUCAGAAUUGCUCUAAUUUCUGAACCGUUUUUUAACGGGACUUUCCUAUCAUUUUUAUUUUCUUUUCAAAAACUCCAAACCAAAUUUCCAGGCUUACACAAAAUAUGGCCAUGAAUUGCAACAUCUACAAGAAGAAGGUCAAAAAACCAUCAGCACUGCAAUUGAACGUCUUCGUUCAAACGCUGGAAACACCUCCGUCGAAUCAAUUCAACACAAAGGUCAAAACCUCUACGAAGUAUUGAUUGAUUUCGAAGACACCUCAAUUCCAACUCGUUCAUUGAGUGAAGUCUUUGCCCUUUCAACCCUCUCUCUAGCCGUUUUUGCAAUUUCUUCCCUUAUUUCGGAAUAUCUUCUCGGACCACUUGCAACUGUUUUUAUUCAACCACUUGGUGCCGCGAUUGUUUCAUCAAUUAUUAUCCCUGUUUUUAUCUACUCGUAUAUUGACAAUAAUCAAGCAUUAAUUGGAGCACAAAUGAUUUUAUUAACUGGGGCGAUUCAGGGAUUUUUGAGCGGAUCUGCGUGUUCUCAUCUCGCUUUAUCAUCUGAACCAAUUGUUCCACUUUCGGCUGUUGUUUCAUCUUUUGCAAUCACUUUAGCUGAUCAAAGAUGUAUGUUUGAUAGGUGUUCUACUUAAUUAAUUCCCUAAUUAAUCAAUUAAUUAAAUUUCCAGCUCGUUUGUCUGCUCUCAAAAUCGUUGGCGGUGUUUCCCUCGGAAUUCAUUUGACAUACGGUCUUUUCAGUGGCCUUCUCUCUUUCCCAUAUAUCACUCUCUCACUUCUUUAUACUGCAGCAGUUCUUGUUCCAAUUCAACUUGGUGCUAGAGUAAGUUGCCUCCAGCAAUAUUAUCGUUAAUAUCAAUUUUUAGGACAAGAAAAAUGCGUCAGUCAACUAUUAUUCGAUUGUCGUUUUGUCGUUGACUGUUGCUGCGAGAGGAGUUAUUUAUGGAUUGGCUGGAAUGACUUCUGAAGAAUUGAAUGCUGCUUCGAAAUCCAAAUAA